AUGCUCAAUUGGAUCGUUAAAUACGAAAGACCAACUGGAGAGCUUGCAAGAAUUCAUGAGGAAUACCUUGGAAGAAGGAAUGUCCUGAAUCUAUACACAAAGAAGGAGUUUGAAAGAUGGGGAAGGUGUAUCGACCUGUAUCUUCUACUUGACUUGGAUAUGUAUCGGACAAAGCCCAUUCCCCCCGGAAUCCUUGACCAUGUGGCAAAGGUCAAGAUGCAUGAAUACCAUCCCGACUUGACUAAGGGCUGCCGAGAGGCGUUUCUGCUGGUCAAGAUUGCAAGAGACGUGUUUAGAGAUCGAAAGCUCAGGCUGUUCUACGAUUCCAACUUUUUUGACGAGAGUAUUCCUGAGGACAAAAUUUAUCGCGAGGACGAGUUUUUUGAUGUAUUUGGCGAGUGCUUUCAAAGAAACGCCAGGUUUAGUAUCAACCAGCCUGUUCCCCUACUGGACAGAAAUGAUGACUCUAAGAAGGCCUUAGAGUUUUACGAGUUUUGGAACAACUUUAAGUCUUGGAGGACUUUUGAACCUGUAGAAGAGCUCUACAACAUGGGGGAAUAUGAUAGAUCACAAUAUUCUAUAAAGAACAAGGAGAAGCUAAGUCUUCUGAAGAAUCAGGAUGCCUUGAGAAUCAAGAAGCUUGUCCAGAUUGCUAAGAAGAGAGACCCAAGGGUGGGGAAGAGCAUUGAGGAGCAGAUGAAGGAGAUGAUGAGAAUGAACAGCUGGACGCCCUCUGAGAUCUCAACACUGAAGAGAUUGAUUUCCUUGCUUGGAAGGACCAAGAAGAACAAAUGGGAGACGAUUACCGAGAAGCUUGUUGAGAUCACCAAGGUCAAGCGCAGCAUCAAGGAGGUGAUGGAGAAGGGGGCGGAGCUGGAAAAGAGAUGA